AUGGAGAUCCUCAAACAAGAUUUCGUACGAUCCUUGCCUGAAAUCAAGAAAGCAUUGCUGGAGGCUGAUUGCAUAUCGAUCGAUGCCGAGUUUACUGGCUUAAUGACGAGUGGUCACCAUUUUCAGCACAGCGAUGAUAUGAACGAUCGAUAUCGAAAGAUGCGACAGGCAGCCAAAGAGUUUUCGAUUAUUCAAUACGGCGUAUGCGCCUUUAAAAAGGUGGAUGAUCGACAUUACACAGCCAAGCCCUUCAACUUUUUCAUUUUCGGUGGCGAUACUGAAGGCAUGUCGAGCCAGCGUACCUUUUUAUCCAAUGCCAGCAGCUUGCAGUUUCUACGUGAACACAAGUUUGAUUUCAACAAGCUCAUUGAUGGUGGCAUUCCUUUCUACAACUACUCUGAGACGGGCAUCGAGAGUAAAGGCUAUCGUGGUACAACUAGAACUGUCAUCAACCGCCAGAAUCACAUUGAUUUGGAAUCGCUCACCAAACCACAAAAAAAGUUCCUGCAAACCACAAGGUCAAAUAUCGAUCAUUGGCUACAACAUGGCAAAGCACGAUCACCAUUGUUGGUCCAAACCAAUAAUUCAUUCAUCCGCCGCCUUUUACAUCAAGAGCUACAACAUCCGCGAUACAAUGGUUUCUUGAUGGCCAAAAGUCGUGAUACCAAGCAUAUGCAAAUCUUUAAGCUUUCAGCCGAGGAAAAGCGAGACAAGACCCGACGUGUAUAUAUCAAGAAUGAAUUGAAUUUCCGUGUCAUCAUCGAGCUCAUCAAGUCGGCUGAAUGCCCAAUCAUUGUACAUAAUGGUGUUCUGGAUCUCUGUCACACAGUGGACCAAUUUUGGCAAUACCUUCCCGAACAUUUGCAUGAAUUCAAAGAAAUUGUAACCGAUAUGUGGUCCAACAUUGUCGACACCAAGUAUAUGGCUGAGUUUCAUCCCAGGCUAAAGCGUUGCUUUGAUACAACAGCUUUACUUCCCUUGUACAAUACAAUUCAUGAUGAGAUGAUGGCAAGUGAUAUCCGUAUUGAGAUGGCUCCUGGUUAUGACCGCUAUACCCACGAUGGUGAAUCACCACAGCAUGAAGCGGGAUUUGACGCCUAUAUGACUGGUACGAUCUAUCUUGGCUUUGUGCGGUAUAUCCAUGAAUCCGAAGCCAAAGAUAACAAAGAGAAAAAGGAGAAAACAGAAGACAAAGAGGCAGUUGAAGAGAACAAGAAUCCUUUCUUGGCAAGCACACUGAUUCCUUACUACAACCGGCUAUAUCAAAUGAGAAGUGAUUAUCCUUAUCUUGAUCUUACUGGUCCAGAGCCAACACCUGUAUAUGAGCUUCCAAACCGGCUGUACCUCACAGGCAUACCAUCAGGCAUGCAGGACAUGUCCAUUGAAGCGCUGUAUCCCAAACUGGUACCUUUGGAUAUUCAUUGGGUCAAUUCGAAUAACGCGUGGAUUGUUGUCAAGUACGACAGUAACCUUCCCCAUGUCAAGGAAGGCAAGCUCGGUGAAGAAGCUAUCAAGCACUUUCUCAAAGGAGGUGAACAUGAAGAUGCCGGUUCGUUAUUACACAUCACACCCGAAGCAGCCAACAUGGAACUCUUGAGCUAUGGAAAGUGGCGGACCGAUCCUCGAUUCCAAUCCAAGGCCCCAGCCAAUGAUUCAUCCCCUGUUAUCAAUGCUGAGAAUGCCACUGAAAACGCUGAUACGACAAGCACAGAAGUACCAGAAGCUACAACUUGUACAUCAGACAUCGAAUAA